UGUAUGUAGCUGCUCAAUGAAAUUAUGAAUAGUGAGAUUUCGAGCUAUCUGUAAAGGUAUAGGUGCAAAAGUAAAAUAAAAAAAAACAACAAACAAAAUAAUACUCGCAUCCCCUUCAGAAGACAUUGUAGCUUUCAAUUUUCAAAUUUAACCAGCAACAUGCUGUGACCAAAUAGCAACCAAAGCAUCAUUAUAUACACACAAAUGUGUUAUAAGCAAACUAAUUCAUAAAUGAAUUUUUUGAACAUUGCAGAUUUGCUGCAACAGCUUACAAUAUAUCCAAUGUUUAGUCGUAUUUAUUCGGUUGAAGCGUACAGAAAGUGAUAAGCAACGGUAACGAUCGUAACGGGCGAGCGUAUAGCGCGUUAAGGGUUAACACACUCGAGCCGAAAUCGAAACGUAGCCAUAAUUGAAAGACGAAAUACCAAAACAAUUAUAUUUUAAUUGAAAGAAAUUUAAUACUAAUUUAAAAAUUAAAAAAAUAUAUAUAUUCUCAUACUCAAUAAAUUCAAAACAAAAAAAAAUUAAUACAGUUAACCAAAAAGUAUUUUACAGCAAUUCCACACUCAAUUAAAUCCCUAUAAAAAGUAAUCAUGAAUGUCAAAAUACUCUUAAUUUGCUUUGGUGUGCUUAUAUUAAGCUGCCAAGUGUGUGAUGGUCGUCGUGGACGUGGUCGAGGACGCACUAAGUCGAGAGUACAAAUAGGUUUGCCAAUAACAGGCAAAUAUCGUGAUCCGGAAUCAGAUCAGUAUUACAAUAAUAACAAUGGCGCUAAAAUUCUACAAGCUUCCCAUUUCGAUUAUGAAUACGUGUUGGGUCAUAAAAUCGCUUUCCUCUGUGUGGCCAAAGGUAAUCCACGCCCACAUAUCACCUGGUAUAAGGAUGGCACGGAGAUUUUUCAACAUCUCUAUAUGCAUGUGCAUGAAUGGCGUAUUGGCGAGGAUAGAGUAAAAUCAAAAAUCGAAAUUGAUCCUGCCACACAAAUGGAUGCCGGUCUAUAUGAAUGCACAGCUGAUAAUAUGUACUCAAUUGAUCGACGUAGUUUUAAGACAGAUUUCUCUAUUGCUUUUGAUUAAUUUGAUAUUAUUUUAUGAAAAUGCUUUUUUUAUGAAAAAAAAAACAAUCUAAAGUAGUAAUUUAGCAGCGCAAUAAUUCAAAUAAAAUGUAUGAAAUUAUGCAUUUUA